AUGACCUGGCCUAUCUGGAAAAACAACUGGGAAUCUGGCAAGUUUCUGCCUCUGGACUACGACUCUUCUGAAGCGCCGGCUGAGCCUGGAGGAAUGGACGUCGCCUCGACUGUCUACGUUCUCAACAUCAGCGCUCAUUCGGAAGAACAUGCUAGAAUCUCCAUGAGAGUCCAGUACGUGCUGUGCUGGUACGAUCCCCGUCUGUUUGGCCUGGCACCGGGGUGGGUCCUGGUCCCGCCCGCCCUACUCUGGUCCCCGCCGCUCGCGUUCGGACGGACGGUCCGCCGGGCCAGCACAGAGGAAGACGAUGACAACAAGAUGUGGAUUAACCAAGAUGGACUGAUCAUUCUUCAGAUAACCCGUCUGCUACAAGUGACCUGUGUGGCCAAAUUGGCGAGGUAUCCUCUCGACACUCAGGUCUGUUCUGUGGCUCUGCUUGGAUACAACGGCAUACGGUACCGUCUGCAGCCGUCUACAUUACCCAAACGGGCCCCCAUCAAAAGUGACGCUACAGGAGUGGUGUCACAGUUCACGUUCAUCGGAGUGGAAGAACGGGCGGUCUUCAAGUCAUUCAUCACUAACGGCACGAACGAGUGCGUUUACCUCGAGCAGGACUGUGACUACCGUUUGGAGGAGUGCAUGACGUCACUUUCAGACGAGUGUACAGCUGGGUCCGGCUGUGGCCACUGUUACCUCAUCAUCGGGGACUGUCUACAUCAACUGCAGACCUGUCCACGUUAUCUCAAUGACACCAGUGCGUUCACGUCCCUGGAAGUGCACGUCCGACUCCGAAGAGUCCUGUGGCGGUACAUCCUGACUGCCUACCUCCCGUCCACCGUCGUGGUUUCCGCCUCUUAUCUACAGACAUGGCUGUCGCCCACACAGGCCGCCAUUUCUCCCAGGAUCGUUCUCGGUGUCAUGUCAGUACUGACGAUGAUCAAACAGAUGGGGAAGACUGCGCGCAUGCCUUGGGUUGAUGAACCAAGGGCAAUUGACAUCUGGAUGUUGGGAUGUCUGUCCUUUGUGAUUGUGGUACUUCUGGAGACCGCUGUAGCACACUUUCUGUCCUUGUCCAUGCAGGAAAAGGAGAAGAAAGAAAUCCGUGCAGAGGAGCUGGAGAGAGAACGGAACCCUCCUGUCCAAAUCCCCCGGCCCGGACUGAGGGAUCCCUCGGGGUGGACUCACAGGCCGCCCGAACACCUACAGAACAACGGUACGCUCUUCAGCCAACCGAUAUCCAUCCCUCGUGCACGUUUGUACAAUCCUUCCUGGCUAAAGUGGCACCAAAUGGCGGAUAAUAAGGAAUGGGUGAUUGUGAUCAAAGAGAAUGGCACUGAUCUCAAGAAGGAAGACGACAACGUCUGGAAGUCGCGAGACCACGCCGACAGUCCGACCGUGUCGUACACCCCUCCCACGAUGACGUCACACACCAUGUACACAAACGUCCCGGCUUUUGACGCCAGAACCGUCGGGCCGACGCAAGAAUGCCAGAUGCUGGACGGGACAUCCUACCGUGGACUGGUUUCCAUGACGGUCGCGAACAAGACGUGUCAGUCGUGGGGCAGUCAGACACCUCACCAGCACAGCUACACGCCUACCGCCUACCCCUCAUCCGGACUGCAGCAGAACUACUGCCGCAAUCCGUCCGGCGAUACCGCGGUGUGGUGCUACACCUCGGACCCCGCACAGAGAUGGGCAUAUUGUGACGUCCCCGUUUGUGAUUUGGCAUGUACCGGAAAGACAACAGGCAUCCUCUACAUAUACAACUGGGAUUUGCCGCCCGCCACUUCACCGUACUUUUUCCUGGUGAGAGCUCCGAGCGACGUGCACAUUGCGCUGGCAAACAGCAAUAACUUCCUGACAGUCCUGUAUCCCAUGUAUGAACUUGUCAUCGGCGGUUGGGGCAACGCCAGGAGCGCCAUUCGCAGGGGAGCACAGGGCGUAAACAUGAUCAGUCUUGCCACUGGAGAGUGGACUGAUCCCGAGCCUCUGCCGGUCAGCUACUUCGGGUAUUCCACCGGGUUCGGUAAUCCUGGAGACUGGCAAUUUUGUGAAGGAGGGAUGGACGUUUCCUCCUCUGUCUACAUUCUUAACAUCGGCACUCUGUCAGAAAAGAACGCGAACAUAUCCGUCAGGAUCCAGUACACGUUGUCCUGGGCGGAUUACCGACUUUUCGGCAUCGCGCAGUCCUGGGUUCCCGUGCCGCCGGCCCUGGUCUGGUCCCCGCCGCUCGGCUUCGGCCAGUCCGUCCGCCGGGUCAUCGCGGAGGAGGAGGGGGACACCGCCAUGUGGAUGGACCCGCGGGGAAUGGUCACCUACAAGAUGACGUACGCAUCAGAUAUGAUUAUACGUGUACUGACGGUCAGCUGUGUGGCCAGGCUGGAGAGGUAUCCACUAGACACACAAGUCUGCCGGGUGGUGUUACAUGCAUAUAACGGAAUACGGCUCCGACUGCAGUCGUCCCGGCAAGCCCAGAGUGCACCUAUCAAGGUAGACGCCAGGGGGAUCCGGUCGCAGUUUAUACUGGUGGGGGCUGAGCAGAAGGCUGGCUUCAAGUCUUUCCGUGAGAACGCCACAGACACAGGCGCAACCACUUGGUUGGAGGUGGAUGUCCGGCUCAGAAGAGUCCUGUGGCGGUACAUCCUCACAUACUACCUCCCGUCUACUGUCGUCGUGCUGGCCGCCUUCUUACAAACAUGGCUGCCGCUUACACUAUCCACAGUCUCCGCUAGGGUUGUUCUGGGCACUACCGCAGUCCUGUCCAUGAUAAUACAGGCGGGGAAAACUGUACAAAUGCCGUGGAGGCAGUGA